UUUAAUAAUGAAAACUUUUCCUUGAAAACAAAAAUAGAUGGUAUAUUGUUUAAUUAUAAGCUAAAACAUUAACAUGUAUUAACACUUAGAUAAAAUUGUAAUAAACUUCAAGUAGUAGUAGAACUUUAUAGGAAAAUAGUGUCCGAGAAAUCUCUUGAAGUGACGGAAGCUCGUUUCAUUUUGCAAUAUGGAUGUGAUAACCUUUCUCAGUACUUCACAAAGAUGUAUCAGACUUCUAAGAACGGGUCUACGAACUUUUAGCGCAGAACGUCCAACGGCAACCGUCUUGUUAAUUAUUAGUUUCUGUGUUACAGUGUUACCCUUCGUUACGGCUACAGCACUAAUGCCCCUUACCAUAAUGCUAGAUUUAAGUAAUGCUUUAUCUACAAAAGGGUUGUUUUAUGUUUUAUACUCUCUAUUCUUCCAAGUUUCAAUUUUGAUGUUGGUGAUAGUUAUACUUUUUGGUUUUGCUUUUACAAUAGCAACAUUAGCUACAAUAUUUCAUAAAUAUAAUAUUAUUCCGAAGUAAGAUAAUUGAAAUAUAAUCACUGUGAUAUUUUUUAUUUGAUUUACAUAAACUGUACCUGAACUAAAUAAAAGUUAUGUUUAUAUUUA